UUGUUCCAAUCGCAGUCAAAACAAAAUCUUUGAUUUCCCGUUCUGCCCCUUUCUUCGUUGUCUGUAAAACCCAUUUUCUCUCUCUAAAACCCCCGUAUACCUUCUCUGGGAGAGUCGGAGUUGUAGGCUUGUGGAUAGUCUCACCGAUCGGAAAGUGGAAAAGACGAUAAGAUCCUUUAGGAAUAGUUGGAAUUACUGUUUUCCCGAAUGAACCCGAACCAAUCGCAGAUGGAGGCGGACCGACCGUCGACGCUGCCGCCGGUGAAGGCGAUCCACGUGCAGCCGUCAUCGCCGCGGUUUCCUUUGUCGUCGUCGAACACGCCCACGGCGGGGGCCAACCGGAGGAUAGCAAUCGCGGUGGACCUGAGCGACGAGAGCGCCUAUGCGGUGAAAUGGGCGGUGCAGCACUACCUGCGUCCCGGUGACGCAGUGAUCCUCCUCCACGUCCGGCCCACGAGCGUCCUCUACGGCGCGGAUUGGGGCUCUAUUGACCUCGCCGUGGACACUGAUAACAGCACCGAGGAGUCCCAGCAGAAGCUCGAGGACGAUUUCGACACUUUCACCUCGACCAAAGCCUCCGAUCUGGCGCAGCCGUUGGUCGAGGCUCAGAUCCCCUUCAAGAUCCAUAUAGUCAAAGACCACGACAUGAAGGAGCGGCUCUGCUUGGAGGUUGAGCGGCUGGGGCUCAGCGCCGUGAUUAUGGGGAGCCGAGGGUUCGGAGCAUCCAAGCGAACUAGCAAGGGACGGCUGGGGAGUGUCAGCGAUUACUGUGUGCACCACUGUGUGUGUCCAGUGGUUGUGGUUCGGUAUCCCGAUGAGAAGGACGGUGGUGCCGGUGCUGAAUCCCCCGGCGGUGUGGCGGGCAAGGCGAUAUUAGGGGAGGAGGUGGAACUUCACCCAGUGCCGGAAGAGGAGCAGGAGUACCACGACGCCUCCGAUGAGCAGAAAGAUGAUUAACAAGUGCUUAGCAGAUUGGCAUUGUCCUCAAGUUCAGAAAGCAAGGCGAUGAAAAUGUAAAGGCUGCAGGGGAAGUGAAGAAGUCGUCUCAGAAUGUGAGGGAAUUAUUAAUUCAUGCCUUUUGUAAAAAAAAAAAAAAAAAAUAGAACAGUGGUGGUGUUGUUUCUUACCAGAUCUCUCUCUUCUAUGUUUCCUUUUGAACUGCCCUUUUCUCGUAUAUGAAGUGUUGGGUUGUAUCCUGUGUUCUUUCUAAAGUUUCUAUAGUGUUAAAGUUCUUUCUCGAGUGGAUCC